ACCACCGAGAUGGGGCGGGAGUGGCCAGAGGGUCUCCGUGUAACCAUGGAGACAGGGCCGCGCCGGGAGCGGAAGUGACGGAACGUGAACAAGCUGCGGCCGCGGUACGGGUGGCCCGGUGGCCUCGGUCCGUCCCGGGACUGGCGUCGUGGUGUUCGCCCCCGGAUCCUCCCCCAUCCCGGUCCAUCAGGCCAUGACGGACCCGUCGCUGCUCUCGGCCGAGCUGGAGGCGGACGAGGAGGAGGAGGCGGCGCUGCGGCGGCUCCUGCUGCAGGUGAACCCGGACCGUGAGGAGGCCCCGCGCCCCGGCCCCGCCCGCGCGGUCACCCCGCAGCCGGGGCUGUGCGUGAAGACCCGCGCGGGUGGGGACAAAGUGUUCGUCAACGUUUGUCACUCGCCCGAGGUGCCGCCGCCCCCGCCCGUGUCCCCCCUGGGCCUCCAGAGGCUCCUGCAGGAGGCCCCUGGCCCCGACGGCGGCUUCCGGAUCCCCAUGAGCCUCGGGGAGCCCCACGCCGAGCUCGACCGAGGAGGCCGAGGCUGCACUGCCUACGAUGUGGUGGUGAAUUCGGGGUUUUUCAGGACGCUCCAGGCCGAUCCUUUGUACCUCGAGUUCUUCCUGACCGUGGCCAUGGAGGGGCUGUCGGAGAAGUAUGGGGUGGAACUGGAGCCCACCGGCUGGCGGGUGCUGCGGAAUCGGAAAUUCCUGGGCUCCAUCUCGGCCCAGAAUAUCCGGGCCCGGCCCCGGCCCCACAUCCAGGAGCUCCCCGGUCCCCCAGACCCCCCACAGUUCGUGGUGGUGGCUGAGCCCUCGGCCCAGGACCCGCAGGUGCUGCAGGCCCGGGUCCACCUGCCCCAGGUGGUUCUCACGGUAACGAUGCCGCUGCGAGUGUGAGGGACGAGGGACCCCCCCCC